AAAUUGCAUCAUGAUGCAAAAAGGUUUAGAGAAAAUUGUUAAUGCAUAAUAAAUAAAGAAAACAAUUUUUGAUUAUGAAAAUGAAAUAUUAUUCUUAUGCAUUUUCAAUAUAACUUUUUAUUAUUUUAUUAUAAAAAUUAAUAAAGAAGAUAAAAAAAUAUAUAAUAAUAAUAAAUUCAUGUAUAAAAUCAUUAAGAUAAUUAUUUUUCAUUGGAUAAAGGUGGUAAUGGUAUGAUUUCAUGAUUGAAGGAUUAACAGGAUUUAAAAAUAUCAAGCAUAAAGAAUUUUGUAACACAAUUGUUUAAAGCUAUGGAUAUUGAUUAAAGAGGAUAUGUAGAUUAUAAUGGAUUUUAUUGAGGCAUUUCUGAUAUGCCCAAAAUUUUAAAAUGCGAGAUUUCUUGAAAAUAUAUAAUUUAGAAGGAUAGAUUAAGAUACAAACUAAAUAUAUAAUUUAAAUAAAAACAAAUUAAAUAAAUUUAUUAUAAUAAUGAAAGAAGAUCGAAAAAAUGGAUUGAUGUAUUUUUCCUACUGCAAAUUAUUUUAUAAAGUAUUUGUUAAACUGAGCGAUAAUGUUAAGGAAAGAACAAACAGAAGUUUAAUUGGAUAUUUUAUAAGCAAAGCAUUUUAUUAUAUUUAACAUAUACCAAACGAAGAAUAAAUUAUAAUACUAAACUUGUUCUGUAUUAAAAUGUUGAAUGUUUAGAAGAAGACAGUAUUAGCAUUCUUGGUAAUUUUUUUGGAUUAAAGGUUGAUUCCUUAAGAAUAAUUGAAUUAAAAGUAAAAGCUCAAGAUAGGAUUAGAAUUUGAAAUAUCAAAAACUUUUUAAUUUAAUUUUACCAAUCCUUAUUAACUUAUAAUUAAUACAAAACCUAUAAGUUCAUUUUAUUCUAAUUGUAUUAUUUUAGAGCAGCAAAUAAAAUUCCUCUGA